AUGGAUCCCACGAUGGGCAAUCCCAUGGUCCCCAUGACGGCGCAAAUACCAGGACCAGUUGCCCAGCCGAUUCCCUUGCCGGUGUUGACGCGGGACAGCUACAAUUCGCAAUCAUUAGGGCGGUCUUUGAAUGCAAAUGUCAAGCAGGCGCGCGUGCUUAUGGUAGGCGCCGGCGGCAUCGGCUGCGAACUCCUCAAGAACCUCGUCCUUACCGGCUUCGGUGAAGUCCACGUCGUCGAUCUCGACACCAUCGAUCUCUCGAACCUCAACCGCCAGUUUCUCUUUCGUCACGAACAUAUCAAAAAGUCCAAAGCUCUAGUAGCUAAGGAGGCUGCGCAAAAGUUUAACCCCGCUGUCAAGAUUGUCGCCCAUCAUGCGAACAUCAAAGACGCGCAGUUCAACAUCGAGUGGUUUAGCAGUUUCCGGAUAGUCUUCAACGCUCUCGACAACCUCGAAGCCCGUCGCCAUGUCAACAAGAUGUGUCUUGCCGCCGACGUCCCCCUCAUCGAAAGUGGAACAACUGGCUUCAACGGCCAGGUACAAGUCAUCAAAAAGGGUGUCACAGCCUGCUACGAUUGCGCGCCCAAGGAGACGCCAAAGUCAUUCCCCGUAUGCACGAUUCGCAGUACACCGAGCCAGCCUAUUCACUGUAUAGUGUGGGGCAAGAGCUACCUACUCAACGAAAUCUUCGGAGCGAGCGAAGACGAGUCCGCUUUCGAUCAUACUGUUGAUGGCGAUAAUGCGCAGGAGAUUGAAGAGCUCAAACGCGAGUCGGCGGCGCUACGAAAGAUCAGGAAUUCCGUGGGUACAGAAGAGUUCGCGCAGAUGCUUUUUGAAAAGGUGUUCAAGACGGAUAUUGAGCGUCUGCGCUCAAUGGAGGACAUGUGGAAGACGCGCAAGCCGCCUGAGCCACUCAACUAUAAGGAACUUCUCGAGAAGGCCAAGUCGCUCGACAAGGAGAAGGUGCUCAAAGACGCGCAGAAAGUGUGGUCGCUGGAAGAGAAUCUCGUCGUCUUCAAUGACAGUCUCGAGCGACUUAGCAAGAGGGUUCUGGAGAGCAAGAGCGCCGGCGAAGAGUCCAUCAUCACCUUUGACAAAGACGAUGAGGAUACCCUGGACUUUGUCGCCGCGAGCGCCAACAUCCGCUCAGCGGUGUUCGGUAUUGACAGAAAGUCAAAGUUCGACAUUAAGCAGAUGGCCGGCAACAUUAUCCCUGCCAUUGCGACAACGAACGCCAUCGUCGCUGGUCUUUGCGUGCUGGAGGCAUUCAAGGUCUUAAAGGGCCACUACGAGCAGGCCAAGGAAGUUUUCCUUACGCCAUUUGCUAAUGCACGUAUGUUGGCGUCCGACAAGUCACGGGAGCCUAAUCCUGAUUGUCCGGUCUGCGGUGUCUACCAGACGAGGGCGUAUGUCGAUUUGGAGAAGGCGACGUUGAACGAUCUGGUAGAACACUUGAUCAAGACGAAUCUGGGGUAUGGCGAGAAGGAUUUCGCUAUUAGUAAUGAGGUCGGCAUUCUGUACGACCCUGAUGAGACGGAUAAUUUGGAGAAGAAGCUUUCGGAGCUGGGCAUCAAAUCCGACUCAUUCUUGACCAUCACCGACGAAGACGAUGAGGAGCCUUUCGUCAACGUCGUCAUUGCCAUCCAAGAAGCCAAGGAGCCUCUAGGUGACAAGCCAGUCAAGGGCAUUCUCGACCCAGAGGACGUCAAGAUUCCACUCAAGCCCAAGAAGCAGCCGCAGCCUGAGCCAGUGGCCACGCCGACAGCUGCCACCAACGGAGCCAGCACAUCCAACGGCCAGAACGGAGGAGUCAUCAACCUCGAUGGCGAUGAGCCAAUGACGACACCAGCCAAGACUCUCAAGCGUGGUCACCCCGAAGACGCAGAGGGUCCAUCGGUCAAGAAGAUCAAGGCCAACGACAAGGCGGCGGAUGACGAUAUCGUCUUUAUCGAGGAUAGUGCGGGAGCUAUCGUUAUUGAUGAUGACUGAUCGUCCAUCACCCCUUUGCCGUGUCUUGCGCGCGGUUCAUUAUUGCUAUCGUAGGCCGUAGUUAUGGUCGGUAUAUACUAUGAUUACCACAUGGCUUGCUAUUCUUGCUAUGCUAGCCACAGAUACCCACGGGAAGCGGUGUGUCGUUUCAGACAGCACUUAACCCCCCAUCAAGAUUCAGUACGCAGUUGUUUGCAUACGGGUUCUUGAUAAGGAAGAGGGCGGCGUCGGCGACUUCAUCUGUUGUUCCGAAGCGGCCUAGGGGAAUUUGUUGGAGGAUGG